AUUCGAUAGAUAUUUUACAGCCCAAAUGCUCCGGUGAUCCCUAUUUAUAGCCCACUCCCCCAGCCCUUUCUCAGCACCAAGCCCCUCUUUUACCUUUCCUCACUUGUCUUUCCAUCUCUCUCUCCAAAUUCUAGCUACAUUACAUUUUCACUAUCAAAGAGGGGUUUGCUCAGCAAUGGCUAUGCCUACCAAGUUCCUUGCUUUCUUGCUUUUUGCACUCUUUGCCAUCUCCAUGCUUCAAACUAUGGUUGAGGCGUCAUCAGAGUAUCACUUGGACAGUAAUAGAUAUGGACCCAACAGCUUGAAGAUCUCCCAGUGCCCAAAUCAAUGCACAAGGAGGUGCAGCAGGACACAGUACCACAAACCAUGCAUGUUCUUCUGCCAGAAGUGCUGCAGGAAGUGCCUCUGUGUCCCCCCUGGUUUCUAUGGUAACAAAGCUGUGUGCCCUUGCUACAACAACUGGAAGACCCAGCAGGGAGGACCAAAAUGCCCUUGAUCUAACCAUUGUUUUCCCUGUUUAAUGCUCUGCUGCUCUUCCUGUUCCUGUUGCAGUGAUGUGAUGGCUCUUCCUCUUUUAUCCUUACUAUAUUUCACAUAUUUAUAUAAUGUUGAUUAUAUGUAACCACACCACUGACCAUGAAUUAUAAAUGGUCAUGUAUUUGGUUUCUGUUGCUACCAGAAAAGAUGAGUUUGUUUAUCUUUUCUCAUGACUAUCUUACUUAAGUACUGAGCUAGCCACUCCAUAGGUUUAACUGCAGGUUUUGCUUUGAGUACAUGUGAAUGGCUGCUCAAAUCUGUUAUCUUUUUAUAUGAAUGAUAUAAAAUCAAUGUUCUGCUUCA